CGCCUCUCCAGUUCUCGUGCUUGUUAAUUUACUCAACUUCGGGAGAACUGCUGCCCUAAGCUAAACAGUCUGCUGCCCUGCUCCUGAGCACCUGAGCAGCACCAUGGCUGCCACCUCGGUAGGGGAGAGCCAGCUGCACAGGAUCAUCCGAGAUCUACAUGAGGCUGUGGCUGAGCUGAGCAGGGAGUACAAGGAUAUUGGGGAUCCCAUCACAGAUGACAGCCCUUCCCUCCACAAGUUCUCCUACAAGCUAGAGUACCUGCUGCAGUUUGACCAGAAGGAGAAAAAAACAUUGCUGGGUACGAGGAAAGACUACUGGGAUUACUUCUGCGACUGCCUGGCUAAGAUAAAGGGUGCUAAUGAUGGGAUUCGCUACGUCAAGUCCAUCCCUGUGCUGAAGACCUCUCUGGGGAAAGGUCGAGCCUUCAUCCGCUAUUCCCUGGUGCACCAGCGGUUGGCUGACACACUGCAGCAGUGUCUGAUGAACGAGAGGGUCACCAGUGAGUGGUACUAUGCUCGCAGUCCCUUCCUGAAGUCCCACCUGAAUGUAGACAUCAUUAGUCACUUGUAUGAGCUGAAUGAGGUCCAAUUUGAUGUGGCUUCCAUGGGCUAUGACCUGGACUCAGCCUGGCCCACAUUUGCCAGGAGGUCACUGGGAUCACCAGCCCACCUGUGGAAACCUCCGAGCCGCUACUCCAGCGUCAGCAGCCUGGUGAGCAGCUACUCACAGCAGGCCCCUGACUUCCUGUGCAGCCCUGACCAGGGCCCCAGCCUGUUGAGCAACAUCGGCGAGACGGCCUCCUGCUGGGUAGUGGACGACCUGCGCAUGGAGCUUGACCAGUCUGAGCUGAAGCGGCAGGAGCUCUUGGAGCAGGUGCGACAGCUACAAGAGGAAUCUGCAGGCCUGCGAGCCCUUGUUCGAGACCUAGAAGGCCAGCUGCAGGGGCACCUGAAACAAAGCCUGUGCCGAUCUCAUCAGGAGACCUUGGAAAAUCAACGGGCUCUAGAGCUGACCAACCAGGAAACGGCCGAGCGACUGCUGACGACUGCACGGGAGCUGGAGGCUCUGCGGGCCGAGGCCACGGCUGGCCGAGAGCUAGAGGCCAAGCUGAGCAGUGCAGAGUGCAGAAACAUGGAGUUGCUGGCGCAGCUGGAUGGUGCACUAGGUGAAAAGGGCCGGCAGGCAGCCAGCCACUUUGACUCAGCCCAGAAGAUCCACACUCUGCUAGACAAGCUCAAUGAAGCAGAGAAGGAGAAACUGGAGGCACUAAGGGAAGCUGAUGGGAGGAAGCGGGAGGCAGAGAGGCUGGCCGAGGAAUUGAGGAUGAAGGAGAGCAGCAUGUUUACCAGGGAGGAGAACUCUGCAAUGCUCAAGCAAGUAAAGGAUCUGCAGAGCACCAUCAAAAAGCUACAGGGAGCACUGACAGUGAAGGAGAAGGAGUCCAGUAACCUUCAGAUGCAGCUUCAGGACUUGCAGAACUCACAGGAGGUAAGAGAGAGGCAAGUGGAGGAGCUGAAAAGGAGGAUACAGGCAGAAAAGGAGGAUCUCCAACAAAGACACAGCAGCCUGAAGGAACAAAUGGAAGGGCAGAUUCACAACAUGACAGAGCAGCUUAAAGCCAAAGAGGAUGGCCUUUCCACCAGUGUAAAAAAGAUCCAGGGGUUAGAGAAGCAAGUGGAGAAGCUUGUGAGUGAAAAAGAGGGUCUGUGGAAUAACCUUGUAGAACUAGAGGGCAAUGUGAAGGACCAGGCAAGGAGGAUAGAGGAAUACAAGAUGCAGUGCAACAGCCUGAUGGAGCUCAAUUCCAAGCUGCUACAGACUGUGAAGAGAAAUGAAGAGAUCAAGAAGGAGGUGGCUGAGGUCAAGGGGGUUUUGGAGAAUGAGCUGACUACCCUGAGGGCAUCGGAGAGGCAGCUGAGAGGGCAGGGGGGUGAUGCUGUAUUUGCUGUGGAUGAGGGGGAGAGGCAGCUGAGAGAGGAGAAUAUACUGCUUGAUGAAAGCCUCCAGAGGGCCAUGCUCCUGAAGGAGGUGAGCAAAGGGGCAGUUAGGAGACUGGAGCAGGAAAACUGCGAGCUGAGGGUUGAGGAAGGCAUGGAGAAGGGGGCACUAUCCUUGAUGCAGGAGGAGCUGUGCUCCGUUAGUGCUCAGAUUGCUGAGCUGGAGAAGAACCUUGCAACGUCCAAAAGCAAUGAGGAAACUCUACAGGAGAAGCUCCAGGAGAACAGCCUCCUGCAGCUCAAUAUGCGAUUGGGUGAGGAUCUGUGUGUUCAGGUGGAUGAGCUGGAGGGGAGGUGGGUGAAAAAUUCACAGGAAGGGUCAUCCAGGCUUGCAUUGGCUGAAGGCCAACUGGACCUCAGUGUGAAGGAGGUGUCUAGGCUCCGGGAUGAAGUGGUGGACCUGCGCUGUAAACUCCAGGACUUGACAGAAGAGAAGCUAAAGGUGCAGGCCCAGCUGGAGGUGACAGAGGCCUCACGACAGGAAUUAAAGGCCCUAGUGAAGCAGUUUAAGGGCCAGGUCGAGGAGCUGAACCGACGACACGUGCAGGAGCUCCUGCAGCACAAGCAGAAAGAGGUGGCUCUGGAGAGGGAGACUGAGGCCCAGGCCCUGGAGAGUACCUCUUCAAAGGAGGAGCUGGCCUCACUGAAGCGAUCCCAUGAACUGCUGGCUUUGGAGAGUGCCGAGACCAAGGACUGUCUCCAGCGCGUCAACAUGGAGAUGGCUGAACUAAGUAUCCACAUCUGCAGCCUGAACUCAGAGAAAGAUGACACCCAACGCAGGCUAGGCAGUGCGUCCACUCGGCUUCGAGAGAUGGAGGAGGAAGUGGCAUGCGGGGUGGAGCAGCUUCUUGUCCUCCAGCGGGAGAAUGCCAACCUGCGGGAGGAGCUGUGCAAAUUGGAGAGCCUUCAGGGGAAGCUGGAGCAGGCAGAAACACAGUCCAGGAGUCUGCAGGAGUCUGCAGAGGAGGAGAUCAAUGCCAUCAGAUUUCAAAUGAGCUGCGAAACCUUAAACCACCAGAGUCAACUGAAGAGUUUGAAUGAAGAGCUGGAGGGCACCAAGCAUCAGCUGAAGGCCAAGCUUGAAAAGGUCUCCAGCUUGGAAGCCAAGGUGUCACAGCUGGAGGCUGAAAACAGUAGAUAUUGUGAGCUGCUAGAGAAGAAAAAAGUGCACAUUAAAGAGUGUGAAGGUGUGAUUCGCCGGAAGGACAGCGAGCUGAAACAGCAAAACGAGAAGCUGAGAAGGGCUGAGGAGAAGCUGGCUACAGCUCAGAAAGCCUGCCACGACCUUAGUGAGCAGCUGAACCGUGCUGUGGCUGAGAGGAAGAGCUGUGACAUGAAGACGUCAGCUGAAAUUGAUGACCUGUACAGAACUAAGAAGAACUUGGAGGAGCGACUCAUUGAGUUGAUUAGGGACAAGGAUACACUAUGGCAGAAGUGGGAUGCACUGGAGUUCCAGCAGAAGCAGAGGUGUGAGGAGGUGACGGAGAAGGAUGCUAGCCACUGUUUAGCAUGCCAGGGCCAGUUCAGCUGGUGGCAGCGCCGACACCCCUGCAGGCUGUGUGGUCGCACCUUCUGCUACUACUGUAGCAACUGCUCUUCCAAGGUCACACCUGGAGGGAAGAGGGAGCGAUGCUGCAGGAACUGCAGUGCCUCUCCAGAUCACCAGAUAGAGACUGAGUUGGGCAGCCCUCCUAGCACACCCAAUAGCCACUCUGCUUCCUACGGGCACAGACCCCAUGUCAGUGUGUCAGAACAGGUGGCUAAGCCAGAUGAUGGUACAUAUGAUGUAAUCACUGAAGAGGAGAUAAACGGGGUCUGUAACUAUGACUUACAGUCACACACCACCGAGGAAUCUCCAGAAAGGGUGCAGAAAUCCCCACAGAGGGACACCCUAGAUCUUUUCAAUUUCAGAAGUACUAGAACUGGUGACACAACCACUGAGGAUGCAGAUGACCUGUCUUUGGUUGUUCAAGAUGCUGAAAUAUACCUGCUCAAGUCUGGAGAGAUCACCCUAACAGUCCCCUUCAGCCUAGAUGAGGUCUCACUGUUUGGAGAGGCACCCAGGGAGCUCUUCAUCAAGUCCAGCUGCUACAGCAUCAUCCCCAUCACUGUGCCCGAGGCCGGGCACACCAUCAGCUGGCUCUUCUCCUCCGAGCCUAAGAGCAUCUCUUUCGGUGUGGUGCACCGUGAAGCCAAUAAUGGUCCCCUUGAGCAGUCCAAGGUGCUGAUCCCCCUUACUCGCUGCAACUCGCACAAAGAGACUAUUCAGGGACAGCUGAAGGUUAGGAAUCCUGGAACAUACACACUAAUUUUUGACAACUCCUUUUCCCGGUUCAUCUCUAAGAAAGUUCAGUACCAUCUGACUGUUAAAAAGCCCAUAAUCUGUGACAGAAGUGAAUCUUCAUAACGGACUGUGGAUACCUUUUAUGUUGUACCUAUGCAAAGUGUUGUUAAUCUCAGAAUGUAAUAUAGCUUCUGAGAUAUGAAGGCCUUGGGAAACACUAAAGAAAAGACUCUGACUGAAGUCUAUGCACUACAUUUUUUUAUUAAUAUAUGAAAAGGACAAAAUUGUGCACUAUUUAAAAUUGUGCAGGGAAGGUCGAGAGAGUAUGGGGAAAAACGGAAGAAAUUAGUUCAAAAAAGGGCAGUUUUUUCCUUUUAAGGAUUGUUAGUUUCAUUCUCAGUUGAAGGAAGGUAAAAACACUGAUGUAGCUGUUUUGAUAGUGUGUGCAAUUUUUUUAAUUCUGUCAUUUGACCUCUUAUUUUUGGUAUAGCUUAAUGCCCUUUUGUUUUUUGACAAUAAGAAUUAAUGAUUGUACUGUUUUAUAUGUGACAUUCACGUACCAUGUCUUUUAUGUGUGUUACAUUCCUGUUACAACUUGUGAAAACACAGUUACAGUGCAGAUUGAUUGGUUUGCUUUAAAGUUCUUACCAUGAAGCUAUAAUCAUUUAUGACCUGAGAGGCUUAUAUACAAGAUAUGAGUAAUACAUUUAAUAUAAACUUUUGCACAAGCACCAUGUCAUAAACACAUUGGUGAAAUAACCAGGUUUUGAAGAUUUAGCUGUUUUAAUAUAUUUAAGAUAACUAGAGAUUUAAAAUAUGUCUUUAAUGUUCUUAAGGAAAUAUAAUAUUUAACACUAAAUGGGUGGUUUAGUUUUUUGACUAAAUGCGUUUGUCUUUCUGAAGCUUAAAGUCCGAUCAUUAAACACAGUUUGAAGCUGCUUUACAGAAUAACAAAUUAUACUUUAAAAUCGGCACAAGUUGGCUGACUUUCAUAAAAGACAAAUGCACAUUUCGGUAAAAUGACUUCUUUAAACAAUACCUUUGUAGCCUUUAAAUCUCUUUUCUAUAGGUAAUGCUUCUUGAGGGAAUUCAAGGAAUGCGCUGGUGCAUUUAACUGAAGGUUAAUAUGUUUCCAAUUUAGUGGUGCUCAAUCCUGGCCCUGGAAAACCUUCCUGUACACGUAAAGUGACCCAAUAGCAGUAUGUCUGAAGGCUGAAAUGCAACCGACUCAGACUAACCUUUCAGAGAGUUAAUUGUCACUGUUCAGGCUUUUCUCCUGGGACCUGUGCUUCACAUCUGUGUUUGAGGCAGUGUGGCCUGGGGCUCUCUAGAUCCAAGUAUGGGGACCCCUCUUUUAUAUACUCCCAUAGCUGAAAUGUGUUCAUAUCAGAAACUGAAGGUAUCCAGUUUUGAAGGUUUCUGGGGUACUUCUCACCCUGUUAGUUUGUAUUUGAAAUAAAGACA